GCCUAGGUGUCUGAUGAACAAUCCACGUAUAGUUUCAUCCGAGCCGUCGAUCUGCGGAAAGGCUACAGAACCAACGGCCAGGAUAUACCCAGGCGUAGCCACGGAGAUACAUGCAACCAAACGCACCCGUAUCCACGCAGAGGAGGCAAGCACAGAACCAACCCGACCGGACCAAUCCGCCGCCGCCCCCGCGCCGCCGCGCCGUCUAUCCCGCUGCCGGCGACAAUGUCCCUGGCGGCCAUCUUCGUCUUCCUCCUUGUCUCCGCGGUGCAGAUGCUCGAGUGCGUCCUCGAUCUUGCAAGAAGGAGGGGAUCAAUUUCUGAUGAUCAGCUCAAACUACGGAUGGAGAUCACGCAACUUCUCAAGGAGGCUAGUGCGUUAUCCACGCCCUCGACGUUUGCGCAGGCGGCAAAACUCAAGAGAUUGGCUGCUGCUAAAGAGAAGGAGCUGGCAAAGAUACAAGAUCUGAACAUUAAAGGGAAGCAAUCUUUACACGAACAAUAUGACAAAGUUUUGUUGAUCAGCAAGGUUCUAAUCUAUGGUGUGCUCAUUCUGUGGUUUUGGAGGACUCCUGUAACUACUGUUCCUAAGCACCUUCUCCAGCCCUUCGGAAGGUUGUUUUCCUGGAGAGGUGUAGAUGCUGCUACAGGCCGUGUUGUGAUUGAGAAGUCUCUCUCGGGUCACUCCAAUUAUAAGGUUGGGAUUCUCCCAUGGCUAUUUUUGACCUCUCGUGUCAGCAAGCUGCUGAGUGAGAAACUUGCGCCCAUAUUUCUGCAUCCUUAGGUCCUUCUUAUAGCCCUUUUCUUAUUGUCUUUUUCAUUUUGUAAUUUUUUAUGAUCACUCCGUCUAUCUACACUUGCGGACUUUCCACGGGGAUGGAAUUAGUUUUUUUCUUUUAGAAAGAAAGGGGAUGGAAUGAGUUCAUGCCUUAAAUCAUGCUUGUUCCUUUCCUGUAAAAUAUUGCUAUUCUUAUGCCCCCAAAGUAUUAUUUCUAAUUGUGAUUAA